AUGUCUGGUCAGUUUUACAAUCUGCCAGGGAACGAUUUCAAUAACUCGUAUUCGCCCUCGAGUUACAACUCGUUUUCCGCUCAUUCUGUCGGACAGCAACAUCAGGACCACCCGAAUAUCUAUAAUUACAAUCAUUCUCAUCAGCAUACGCCGGACAUAAAUCAAGGCUGGAAUCAACAGGUUACGCCGCCUGGUCCACCAGCUCCAAGCAACCUCCAACGAAAUUAUGGCUACGGUCAUACCAAUUAUCCAUCUCCGCAACCAAAUUUCGGCCCGAUUGGACAGCCAGUCCCUAGCAGAGGUUCGCCAGUUCGACCAAGAGGAAUUCCAUUUCGCGGUCGAGGACAGUUCAACAGUUUUGCCAAGCCAAAGCAGCCAGGUCCGAGGCCGAUCAAAGCGACGGAAAUUAAAGCUUGGUUGUUCGAGUGGUGCACGCAGAAGAAGCUCAAGCCCGAGUACAAUUUCACUGCAAAGGGAAAAUACCCCAAAGUGCGUUAUAUUUGUACGCUGAAAGUUGCCGGUUUGGCCAAGCCGCUAGAAGCCGUCCAAGAAGCUAAGAACAAGAAAGAAGCGCAAACGCUCUGCGCCUGGGAGUUUUGUGAGCAGUUGGUCGAGCACAACAUGGUCAACCAGUGCGCGCUGCCAAAGAAAGUCAGCACGGAAGAGUUACAGGCGAAUCAGGACACUGCCAUUGUUUCAAAACAUCCGCCCAAUUCCAGUUUGCAGACAAUCGGCUUAGUUGAAAAUGGCGGCUGGAGUGCUGAAAAUGCAAGAAGACGAUUGAACGAAUUUUGCAUGGAAGAACGUAUUAGCUGCGAGUUUGAAACAACUUCUCAUGGAUCCCAAUUCCAACACAUCGCCAUUUCUAAACUCACCUUGAACAUCAAGAAAAUAGGUCAAAUCACUCAAACCGCCCAAGCGAGUAACAAGAAGACUGCCAACGCGCAAUGUGCGCUCAAUAUGGUCCGGGAGUUAUUCAAACGAGGACUGAUCGAGAAAGCUGGCGAAAAACGACGCUCGAGUUCGACGCAAAUGAGCUGCGAUGAAAACAUCGAAGAAGUGAACGACGCCGACUGCGACGAGUUGACGGCUGGGUCGAAGCGAAAAGUCGACGAAGUCAAGGAAGAAUUCGACGAAAACGGAAACUGGACAUUGGAACUGGCGCGCUCUCGGCUAUCUGAGUUCUUUCACAAGCAAGGAAAACAGCUCAACUGCGAGGAGAAGGAAUCUGGAGGGCCUUUCAACAAGCAAUUCGUCUGUUCUACGGAGAUUGACAUGCCUGAUGGUCAGCAUUUCACAGCUAGUGCGACAGCGCCGAAUAAGAAGAGCGCGCAAAAGAAAUGCGCGUUGUCGAUGACACAAGGAAGGAGCAAAAAGCAACGAAAGGACGGCCGAGCAUAUCCAGACUCGAGUGUAGAUCUCAAGCAUCCGAUUGUAAUGCCCUCUUGGGGAAGCAGACGAACCACGCCCUUUGACGAUCGACACUUGCAGUUUAAACUGGAAGAAUUGGAAUUCACUGAAGAAGAAAGAGUCGCCAUCACAAGCGCUGUUGAUUCAGUAACUGGGUAUGCCAAGACGAUUUCUGAAAAACUCAAAGCCGAAGAAGAAGCGAUCAAUCCCACUACCGAGUGGCUCAUUACAGCACCACAGCCAGUGGGAGAUUACUGCAACGAUUUACUGUUCAAAGGCGAGUUGACUCCCGAGCUCGUGAUUUCCUGCCAAGAAAAACCGACGAUCAAGCUGCUGACUCGAUUCACCAAAGAAUUUGGAUUGCUCCACAAUCCAAACAUGGUCACUAACGAUGCGAAAAACAGUCGAAUCAUCAUCGAAAAAGUCGUCAAUUCUCUUCCUGUUCGUAUAACUCUUAGUUUUACCUCGCCAAAGAUGCGACCUAGUAACGAUACUACCAUCAUAGAAGAGUCCAACGAUCCAUCGGACGUUCUACCACGAACUAAAUGCCUUGAGGCUCUUGCUGCUCUUAGACGUGCAACUUUUUUCCAGAAACGCGUGGCGCCUAAUUUUAACGCAAUCCCAUUGUGCAGAAUCCUCAAAUUUUUACUCAACGAGUGGUCGAGCGAUUUGGCUGGGUUGAAGUACUGGACUCUUCAGUUGAUCAUCCACAAGGCAUUGGAUACCUCUCCAUAUCCUCUCACAGCUGGAGAUGGAUUCAGACGAGUUUUGGCUGUAAUCUCUUCUGGAAUUUUGCUCCCUGAAAAUGUUGGCGUUAGAGACUGGUGUGAGAUUAAUUUCGAAGGCGCUAAGCCGGAGGAAAAUCUUGGUGAUGCUGCUGGCACACUAACAAAGCAACAACGAGAAGACAUCACAUUCACUUUCCAGUCAUUCUUGCGACAAGUGUCUUUUAUGAACAUCAACAAAAUCCUCAAAAUCGACAAGCUAGAAAAAUGA